AUGAGAUUUCCUAGCAUUUCUGUCGCAUUUGCCUUGGCUGCCGGCCUAGUCAGCGCUGCUCCUAUUCGCGUGAUAGUCGUUUCUACGAACCAACGCGUUGCGCCCAUCAGUGCUGCUCCUGCCUGGGCACAGAGCAUCCGCUGGGGCCAUGCCGCAGCCCCUGCCUUCAACUCUCUCCCUCCGCUGCUCCAGCCACACUCGAUCGACGACAAGUCUUGGGUUCGCGUCGAGACACCCGUACGCACCGGUACGAUCCGCAAGGGCGGCUGCCGUGGAGGUAUGCGGGCUAAGACUUUGCAAAUCGGUAACAAGUUGCGUGUCAUCCUUGGUCUACCCCGCAUCGAGCCACACUUCCAUGGAAUGAAGAACAUUCAGGCUACUGAAGUCACAGCCCAGCCGGCCCAUCACCGCCACCACCAUGCCCAUCACCACACGAACGGGGAAACCUUUGUGUAUCGAUUUAGCCAAGCUCUAGCGUCGCUGACUCCAUGGGAAGGACGCGCCGUGAGCUUCGUUUUGGGCUGCGGGCUUGGAGCCAUCAUGCGUAUGUUCUUUGUAUUUGGUGUGCUUCUCGUGCGUUCCAUGCGCUGCCAGCGUCAAGAGCAACCUAUUUCACUUGAGGAGGACGCUAUUAUCUUUGUCGCAGAUGUCAAGGAGCCAGCGGAAGUCGAAACUCUACCAGCCUACGUUGAAAAGACCGAUACUGCUCCGCAAGGCAAUAAUGCAGCCAACUGA